UUUCCCAGGGACGCCCGCGGGGGGCGGCGCGGCCCGGAGCGGCGGUGGCGGCGGCGGCGGGGCCCGGGCGGGGGCGGCGCUGCGGCGGGGCCGAGCGCGGCGGCGGCGGCGGCGGCGAGGCCCGAGGGGUGGCGCGGAGCCGGGGCGCAGCGCGACGGCGGCAGCGGGCCCGCGGCGCGGCCUUGCCGGAGCGCCCGCCCCCGGCCGCACAUCCGGGCCCUCCUCCGGGCCGGCCCGGCCCUGCCCUGCCCGGCGCGGUGCGGCUGCUCCGGCCGGGCCCGGCCCUGCGCCCCGGCGCCCGAGCCCGCGCCCGCGCCCGGCGCGAUGCUGCGCUGCAUGCCGCCGCUGUGGCGCUGCAACCGGCACGUGGAGGCGCUGGACCGGCGGCACUGCUCGCUGCAGGCCGUGCCCGAGGAGAUCUACCGCUACAGCCGCUCGCUGGAGGAGCUGCUGCUGGACGCCAACCAGCUCCGCGAGCUGCCCAAGCCCUUCUUUAGGCUUCUGAACCUGCGCAAGCUGGGCCUGAGUGACAAUGAAAUCCAGAGGCUUCCCCCUGAGGUUGCCAACUUCAUGCAGCUGGUGGAACUGGAUAUCUCCCGUAAUGACAUUCCAGAAAUUCCUGAAAGCAUCAAAUUCUGCAAAUCCUUGGAGAUCGCAGACUUCAGUGGGAAUCCCCUCUCCAGGCUUCCGGAGGGUUUCACGCAGUUGCGGAGCCUGGGCCACUUGGCCCUGAAUGAUGUGUCCCUGCAGAGCCUCCCCAAUGACAUUGGGAAUUUGGCAAACCUGGUGACUUUGGAGCUGCGAGAGAACCUUCUAAAGACUCUGCCCACUUCACUCUCAUUCCUUGUCAAGUUAGAGCAGUUGGAUCUUGGUGGCAAUGACCUGGAAGUACUGCCAGAUACUCUGGGAGCGUUGCCAAACCUGCGGGAGCUUUGGUUAGACCGGAACCAGCUCUCAACCCUGCCUCCAGAACUGGGCAACCUGCGCCGCUUGGUCUGCCUGGACGUGUCGGAGAACAAGUUGGAGCAGUUGCCCAACGAGGUCAGUGGGCUGGUAGCACUGACAGACUUGCUGCUGUCGCAGAACCUGCUGGAGUGCAUUCCCGAUGGGAUUGGUCAGCUGAAGCAGCUCUCCAUCCUGAAGGUGGACCAGAAUCGGCUGACAGAGGUGACGGAGUCAAUUGGAGACUGUGAAAAUCUGUCAGAACUCAUUUUGACAGAGAACAUGCUGACAGCCUUACCAAAAUCCCUCGGGAAGCUGACCAAGCUGACUAACUUGAAUGUGGAUCGGAACCGGCUGACGUCCCUUCCAGCCGAGAUCGGAGGCUGUGCCAAUCUGAACGUGCUGUCCUUGCGGGACAAUCGCCUGGCGCUCCUGCCACCAGAGCUUGCCAACACCACCGAGCUCCACGUCCUGGACGUGGCAGGGAACAGACUGCAGAACUUGCCAUUUGCUUUGACAAAUCUUAACCUGAAAGCGCUCUGGCUAGCAGAAAAUCAGUCCCAGCCCAUGCUGAAAUUCCAGACAGAGGAUGAUGAAAAGACCGGAGAGAAAGUUCUUACUUGUUACCUGCUUCCCCAGCAGCCCUCUCCCAGCCUAGAGAACCUUUUGCAGAACAGCGUGGAUGAGAGCUGGACGGACACCAAUUUAAACAGAGUCAGUGUGAUUCAGUUCCUGGAUGAGCCCAAAGUGGAUGAUGAUGAGGAGUCUGGAGCUGAGAGAAGGGGCUUACAGCGCCGAGCAACCCCCCAUCCCAGUGAGCUGAAGGUUAUGAAGAAAGUGAUUGAAGUCCGGCGCAAUGAGAUAUGUGCUGCAAAGCCUGACGCGGAGCUGAAUUCUCCCAACUCAGAAGAGAAGAGACUGAGUGCCACGUCAAACCGCAGCGAGGACUCGCACCUCUCCAACAGCACUGCCUCUGCUGACUUUCGGGGAGAGGAGCAGGGAGAGGAGGGAGAGAGGAACUGGCCAAAUGGGCAGGUGCCUGAGAUGCAAGAGCUGGAGAAGGAGGCCAAGUCGAGAGCCGAAGAGGAGCGUAAAGAAGCAGCCGACCAAGAGGACGACGACGUCGAAGUGGAAUACAAUGAGCCCACUGUACACUUCGCUGAGGACACACUGAUACGGAGUGACGAUGAGGAUGAGGAUGAAGAACGACCGUUCCCAGUGGAGAAGCAGAGGCUUAUCCGCAAGGACACACCCCAUUAUAAGAAACACUUUAAGAUAACUAAACUGCCCAAGCCAGAGGCAGUGGUGGCACUCCUGCAGGGGCUGAACAGUGAUGGGGUCCCCAAAGAGGAAGAGGAGUUAGGAGGCUGCAAUAACAACACGGAGCCUGAGGAUCAGGAGGAAGCGUGGGACGAGGAUGACAUAAAGAACGGAGCUUUAUCCACUCAGCCGUCGGUGAAGGGGGUGUCGUUUGAUCAAGCCAAUAAUCUGCUGAUUGAACCUGCUCGCAUUGAGGAGGAAGAGCUGACGCUGACUAUCGUGCGGCAGACGGGGGGGCUGGGCAUCAGCAUCGCGGGGGGCAAGGGCUCUACCCCCUAUAAGGGAGACGACGAGGGCAUCUUUAUUUCACGUGUGUCAGAAGAGGGUCCUGCGGCUCGUGCAGGGGUUCGUGUUGGGGACAAGCUCCUGGAGGUGAACGGCGUGUCCCUGCACUCGGCUGAGCAUCACGUGGCAGUGGAAGCCCUGCGCGGGUCGGGCAGCUCCGUCUCCAUGACGGUUCUGCGGGAGCGGAUGGUGGAGCCGGAGAACGCCAUCACCGUCACGCCGCUGCGCCCCGAGGAUGACUACAGUCCCCGCGAGAGGCGAGGGGGGCUGCGCUUCCCGGAGCGGCCCGACGGGGCACCUCCCGCGGAGAGAUACUCCACCUGCCUCGUGCGCAACGAGAAGGGUCUGGGCUUCAGCAUCGCUGGCGGCAAAGGCUCCACGCCCUACCGGGCUGGUGACACGGGGAUCUUUAUCUCACGGAUUGCAGAAGGAGGUGCAGCCCAUCGGGACGGGACUUUGCACGUGGGAGACCGGGUCAUCUCGAUCAAUGGGGUAGACAUGACAGAAGCCAGGCAUGAUCAGGCAGUAGCGCUGCUUACCGCAUCCUCCCCCACCAUCGUGCUGCUGGUAGAGAGAGAGGGUGCGGAGCAGCUCGGCGAGGGAGACUCGCCGGGGGUGCCACGAGCGCGCAUGCACUCCCCGCCACCGCCUCCCAGCCGUGGGGAGAGCCCGCCCGAGGAGACGCCCGCGCUGCCGAGGAGCCAUCUCUCCAAAGGCCUGGAGGAUCAGUACCCCAUCGAGGAGAUUCACCUUGUAAAAGCAGGUGGUCCCCUGGGUCUCAGCAUCGUGGGAGGCAGCGACCAUUCGAGCCAUCCGUUUGGGAUCCACGAACCAGGUGUCUUCAUUUCAAAGGUCAUUCCCCGUGGGCUGGCAUCCCGCAGCGGGCUCCGUGUGGGGGACAGGAUCCUGGAGGUGAACAGCAUCGACCUGCGUCACGCUACGCACCAGGAAGCGGUGAACGCCCUGCUCUCCAACGCCCAGGAGCUGACGAUGUUGGUGAGACGAGACCCACCGCCACCUGGAAUGCAGGAAAUAUGCAUUGAAAAGGCUCCAGGAGAAAAGCUGGGCAUCAGCAUCCGGGGUGGAGCAAAAGGUCAUGCUGGAAAUCCCUUCGAUCCCACUGAUGAAGGCAUCUUCAUUUCUAAGGUGAGCUCCUCUGGGGCUGCUGCCCGGGAUGGUCGUCUGAAGGUGGGGAUGCGGAUCCUGGAGGUGAAUCAUCAGAGUCUGCUGGGAAUGACGCAUACGGAAGCCGUGCAGAUGCUCCGAAGCGUGGGCGAUGCGCUCCUCGUGCUUGUGUGCGACGGCUUUGAUCCCAAGGCUGCAGCUGCCAUUGAGAUGUCUCCAGGAAUUAUUGCAAACCCUUUUGCUGCUGGUAUUGGGCGCAAGAACAGCCUAGAGAGUAUCUCGUCUAUUGAUCGGGAUUUAAGCCCUGAAGAACUGGAGAUCCUGCAGAAGGAGAUGGAAAUGGUGAGAGAAGCAACUCAGUGGGAGAGAGAAGAAAUGGAGAAAGUGGAGUGGAUGCGCAGGGAGCGGGAGGCAGCCACGCAGCAGCUGGAGGAGGAGGCAGAGAGUGUCACGAGUGAACCUCUGAGGCUGGACUAUCGGACCCUGGCUGCUUUGCCCAGCAGCGGCUUGCAGAGAGGCAAUCGCACUGCUCCUGCGGGCGAGUCUGGGACAGGAAAUUCCAGGCGGGACCCCCCCUACUCUCCCGGUAAUCCGCAGGCGCCCGCAGCCCCUCGGCCUGCUCACCUGGCCGGCAGGGAGACCCGCUUUGCUUCCAUUAAUUUCAUUGCAUCGCAGGAUGACAGCAAAUCACAGACCAAGCCAGGCGUCAUUCAGCCUCUCUCCCGAGCGCGACAGAGUGCUGCCUCGCGUAGUUUGGAGGACGGGGACAGCCCCAAUCCCUUCCAGCAACACGAGCCGCGCUUCAAUGUCCAGAACUCUCCAAAGCCGCCUUCGCCCCCCUCUCCUGACGAGAUCCCUAUCAACGUCAAGCAAGCAUACAAGACCUUUGCAGCCGUGCCCUUGUCGCACCCUCUGCUUGAGACGCAGGAAUUCCUCGGUCAGAGCAGCACGGAGAAACUCCGAAGUGCCCAGGAGGUGCCACGGCCGAGCGGACUGCACAGCCCGGAGCAGCGAUCCUUCCGAGAGAGACAGAAGUAUUUUGAGAUCGAGGUGAAGCAGCAGCAGAUGGAUAAGCCUCCCAAGCGUGUCUCCUUGGUGGGAGAGGACGACCUGAAGAAGAUGAAGGAAGAGGAAGCCCGAAAACUCCAGCAGAAACGUGCCCUGCUGUUGGAAGAAGAAGGGGAAGAGGAUGAGAUGGUAAAACAGGCACCUGAUAUGAGCCUGCAGUCCAGUGUCAUCAUUGAAGGAGUCGAGUACAAGAUUGAGAGGCUAAAUGGAAGGAGCAUCCAGGCCCCAGCAGCUCGACUCUCUGAAGCCAGUGAGAACAGCAGCUCCCAGAGGAAUUCGCUGGAAGAGGGGAUCAAGGCAGAACAGAGAACCAGCUCCGUGUCUGGGUUGAGCCCGUUGUAUCUUGGCGCAGGGGAUCCGGUGGCACCUGUGAGGACAGCCAAAGCCGAGCGGCGUCACCAGGAGCGACUGCGAAUGCAGAGUCCCGAGCUGCUGAGCGGCCAGGAGAAGGAGCUUUCUCCAGCAGAGCGUCGCGCGCUGGAGGCAGAGAAACGAGCCAUGUGGAGGGCAGCACGGAUGAAGUCACUUGAGCAGGAUGCUCUUAAAGCCCAAAUGGUUAUCGCCAAGUCCAAGGAGGGAAAAAAACGCAGCACUCUGGAGCAGCUGGCAGAGUCACCUUCACCUGCUCCAACCCCAUCGCCAACACCACUUGAAGACUGCAGUCCCAGGAACGUCACUUCUCCGGGAAGGCUGUCCCUGUCCGAAAAGAAGUUUGACUACCGGGAAUUUGCCGCUAUUCCUUCUUCCAAACCUGUUUACGAAAUCCAGUCACCUGAUGCAGCUGAUGAUCACGGAUAUGUAGAUGACAGAAAUAACUCAGUUCUCCAGGAGCAGGUUGGGCAGCAAGAGGACGAGGAAACGUUAUUAACACAUGAUUCAUCAGCACCUACUGCAUCAGCACUUGAAGAAAUGGCUCUGUACAGCAGCAAACGCAAACUCCGACACAGCCGGCGCAGUUUGGAGGCUGCUGUCCCCACGUAGAGGCUCCGCUGCACCUGGGCAAUGGGACGGUCCCGCACGGGGCUUGGGCGUCCUGUGCUCCAGGGACAGCGCCGGACUGCCCCACCGCUGCCGCCUGGCCUCCGGAUGGGACCUGAGCACCCCGGGGCGCUUUGGGUUAACUGACUUCCUUCAAGGCUGUGAACCGCCCUCUUUUCUCACCCCGUAACGCAGCGGGGCAUGUCCUGCACGACACAGGACAACACUAGACUUGCUGAUGGCCAACGGAGAGGAGGUGUGGGUAGGACAGGGCAGAUGCAGUUUGUUAGCCUGUAAAUAUUGGGGUGGGGGGUGGGAGGGGAAGGGUAGGACAGGGAGAGCAUAAGAGUGAGAAUGUGUGUGGGGGCUCCAGUUGUUAUUUCCUCAACUUGGAUUUUUUAAGUGGUUAAUAGGGGAGCUUCCGUUCUGGUAUGAAUUUGAAGGAAGUUCCAGCCUUUACUGCUAUUUAAUUUCCAGUCUUUUGCCAAAAAGCAUCUCCCUCCACCUCCCACACACAGUGUCACCUCGCUUUCUUCUGGGAGCAUGUGGAAGUGGGUAGCUUUGAGGCAAAAAAAAAAAAAAAAAAAUUUCAGUGAAGUGCCUCCCUCUGACACUGACACCUGCGUGCUCGAGCAAGAAGACUGGAUGAGCAGGAGCCCGUGCCAGCUCCAGGGAGCAUCAGCUCCGUUCCACUUGCCUCUGUGAGAGCAGCUACCUGUCUGUUCCGUGUAGGAAACUGCUCCUGCCGGUGCUUUGUGCUCUUCUGGGCGACGGUACCUGGAGGUGCACACAGCUGCGUGUCCCACGCACGCAGAGCACGAGCCACUCAACGUGCACGCUGCAGCACGUGUCAGGGGACACCGGGGUCUGUCGGCAUCACGAUCCAGUUGGUGAACUGGGGCAGAAAGGAGAAACAGGCUGCAAAGCUGUAGUGAGAAUAUAGCAGUGUGCAUGUGUGACAGCAAUAGGGGACAGAAUAGCUGGGGGUUAGGAUAUGGUGGCAGAGCUAGGAAGUGUAAACAGCAGAUAAAGUAGUGGGUUAGGAUUCAGAAAAUGGGGAACGGUAGGUGACAUUGCUGGGGUUAAGUUAGGAGUAAUGGGCUCUUACAGGUAGGAGGAUACUAGUGGGUGAAUCCACCACGUUGCCCACUAGCACCGAGAUGAAAUGUGAUGUUGAGGCGGUGCUAGGUCCGGAGCUCUGGAGGAGCGCCUGCCCGGCAGGGAGCACAGCGAAACACGAUGGGUCUGGCCUCUGCCUUGCAAUAACUGCACAGCCCUGCUCUCUCUGCCAACAUGUUGGCUUUAGGCCCCUUUCCAUGCAGAACAGGGCAAAUACACGCUUGCCCAUGCAAGAAGAAAAAAAAAAAAGAAAGAAAGAAAAGGAGCAGGGGUGUGCUUGUUUCCUGCAUGAAACAAGGGCUUAGAACAAAUUCGGUAUUGAGUGAGCUUUGCAAAUGUGGAGGAGACAGACAUUGCUCAUAGCUCUGGUCUGAAAUCAGUCUCUCCUGCUCUACUGCCCACUACUGAUGUAAACAUCCUUUUUUGUUUGUUUGUUUGUUUUUAAUGCCUCCAGGAGAAGAGAGAAAGGCAUCUCAGUCUGAGCUUGGCAGGAACCUGCUCUGUCUGCCCUGCUGCAUUGGUGCUCUCUGCGGAGCCCCUCCAGCAGUAAGACCACUUGCACCUGAAGCCUCUCAGUGAGGGGAUGUGGCUUGGGAGUGGCAGGCACUUCUGCUUGUGUAUUUGCUGGAUGACUGGAUGCAGUUUCUUUUAGUGGAGAAUCUCCCUUCAUGCCAAAAUCCAAUGGAUCAUUUUAACUGACUUUGUAUGUUUUAAUUUUGCAGGGCUUUGAAGGGGGAACUCUGAUAAUCUCAAACUGCAGCUACAGCUGCUUCCAUCAUCAGCAAGUUGAGCUUUCCUUUUUUAAAUCUAAUUUUAGCAUUUGCUUUUUAACAAGAGCAAUUUUGGAAACAAUCCUGGAUUGAUUUUGGUGACUAACUUGUGAUUUUUUUUUUUUUCCUUUCCCUUUGCGGUACCUGGUGCCAGGCUCUGGGUUCUCUCCCGUUCUCUCCUGAGAGACUGAGGGAAAAUUAGCGCAUCAAGACUGUAACUAGUGAAAUUUGUACAACCAAAGAAAUCUAUUUUGUGGUUCAAGGAUAAUAAAGUUUACUUUACAUUUUA